AUGAAAAAUGCCGCGGGUACUCCAGGUAGGUUGAUCGAUAUCUAUGCUGCACAGUGUGAAAAGUGCCUGAAGUGGAGGAAGAUUAAUUCCCAAGAAGUGUAUGAGGAGAUCAGAAGUAAAAUACAAGAGGACCCGUUUGUGUGCGAGAAGAGAGAAGGUAUGUCCUGUGGAGAUGCUGGAGACCUGGACUAUGAUUCAAGCAGAACAUGGGUCAUCGAUAAGCCUGGCUUGCCGAAGACACCGAGAGGGUUCAAGAGGAGCUUAGUGCUGAGAAAGGACUACUCGAAAAUGGAUGCGUACUACAUAACUCCUACUGGGAAGAAGCUGAAGAGUCGCAAUGAAAUUGCAGCCUUCAUCGAUGCCAAUCAAGAUUACAAGAGCGCACCGCUGGGAGAUUUCAGUUUCACAGUCCCAAAGGUGAUGGAAGACACUGUCCCUUGUGGUAUAUAUGAGAGGACCCCCAAGGCAUCCAAGGGCUCUCAGUGA